AUGACCAAACUCGCAUGUCUUCUUGUCUAUGUCGCUCUUGCCAUCGUACCUGUCACCUAUGCUACCAACUCUGACUCAAAGACGAUAAAAAUAGAUAUUGCACCAGAGUAUUUCGAAUCUUCUGUCACUCCAUGUUCACUGUUUACUCUGUCUUGUAAAAGUGUGUGCGGUGGACAAUUAUCGUUCAGCUCUUGCGACAUUGCGCAAGGAAGUAACCACGCCUCGCUCGACUGCACCUGUGGUUUGGUUCGGUGGAAAUCUUAUGCGGCUGCACAGAUAUUCCAACCAAAGACAAUACAAGUUUCGAAACUAGAAGAUGACAAAUUUUGUGACAUGUUUAAGGCGGAAUGUCGGAAGACUAGUACUGGUGUUGUAGUAGCCAAUGGAUGCCGACCGAGCGAGUCAGGAGUUCCGAACAAACUCGAUACUACCUGUAUCAGUGUCACCGACUCUGAAUUCGAUCGUCAUGAAGACGAGAUAAAUGGCAAGCUAAACCCUGAUCCCAACCAAACUCCAACAAAAACCACACCCCCUAAACCUCAAAUCACGACAGUAGAAAACCACAUGGUAGAGGACAGAUAUAUUGGACUGGCAUUAGCCAUCUUCUCUAGUUUGGCAAUUGGCACCUCCUUUAUAAUCACGAAGAAAGGUUUAAUUGAUGCCAAUAGCAAACAUGGGUUUGCAGGAGAUGACCACAGUUAUCUACGAAAUCCAAUUUGGUGGAUGGGAAUGUUAACAAUGGUUUCUGGCGAAUUAUUAAAUUUUGCAGCAUACUCAUUUGCACCUGCCAUACUAGUGACGCCGCUUGGUGCGUUAAGCGUCUUGAUUGGGGCCAUACUGGCGUCGAUAUUUCUGAAUGAGAAACUAGGACGGAUAGGAACUGUUGGAUGUGGAUUAUGCUUGAUUGGUUCAGUGAUCAUAAUACUCCACGCACCGAGAGACAGGCAGAUACGCACAGUCGAUGAAAUAUUAGUGUAUGCAUUGCGACCUGGCUUUCUGGUUUAUUGCGUACUUGUGGUAGCAUUUACUAUUUUCAUGAUUACGACUGUUGUACCUAAAUACGGCAAGAAGAAUCCAUUAGUUUAUCUAUCUAUUUGCUCGCUAGUUGGUUCAAUCACAGUCAUGGCGUGCAAGGCGUUUGGUAUUGCUCUGAAGCUGACUUUUGCUGGAAAUAACCAAUUGACACAUCCCUCUACAUAUGUCUUUAUCAUAAUUGCCACUUUGUGUAUCAUAACUCAAAUGAAUUACUUUAACAAAGCUCUUGACCAAUUCUCAACUAAUUUAGUAAAUCCAAUAUACUACGUCUUGUUUACAACAUCAACAAUCGGAGCAUCGGCAAUCCUUUUCCAAGGAUUCAACACAAGCCGAGCCGUUCAUGUGAUUACUCUUUUCUGCGGGUUUCUCACAAUAUUCUCUGGAGUCUAUCUUCUCAACACAGCACGAUCAAAAUGCUCCACAUACGAGGACAGGUUACCGAUGAGCCGUAAUGGUAAUGGAAUGCUACCAUUGUCGAGUGAUGGCAAUACCUCCCUCGCAAUGCGAAGAGAAGCAACACUAUUGCAUGCGUUCGGUGAAGAGAACAUUGGUCUGACGGAACUGAACGAUAGUUUAUCGGACUCUGACGAGGACUAA